AUGGUCAUCCAAGAUGCGACUGUAACCUUAAUUGCUUCUGAGAAUGGUAUUUUUGAGGAGGAUCCCUUCGUGGAUCUCGCUCUCGCCCUCGAUAUUCCUGCUGCAGCCAGGAACCCGUUUCCAUUCUUGAAGCUCCCGACUGCUGUCCGCAACCAAAUAUACUGGCAUCUCCUCGUUGUUCCAGCCAUCAUCUGUGUCCGCCAGAAGCACACAAUCACCGUGGAUGGCUUCAAAAUCCGGUUUUCCCGCUUCAGCACCACCAACAUCAACAUCCUAGGUGUGAACAAGGAGGUCCAUGCUGAAGCCAAGGCUGUCCUCUACAGUCAGAAUGACUUUGAGAUUAUCAAGCCGACCAAUGAACUUGCACCGCCCCCUGACUACAGCGUGCGCCUGUUUCCCUCUAGAUGCCAGCGCCUCGUCACAAAGCUCAUCAUCCGUAUUCAUAGCGUCUACGAUCUUCGUUGGCUCCUUAAUGGUGGAUACAAUGUGAUCAAGAACUAUUACCGCGGUUUGGCUUCCCUCACUUUGAUCCUGGAGAAGCAAUCAACAACCAGGGAUCUCAGUAAGAAGUGGGCACGUAAAGAGGAGGAGAAGUGGACCGCGUACAUCAAACGCCUGCAGGUUGACCUAUCUCACGAUUUGUUCGAUGCAAAGAAGUCGAAGAUGGUGGUGAAAGCCAUUCCUACUUGGAUCAAUCUGCAUAUCCUCUUCACUGGUGAAGCAUAUAUUGAGACCAGCCGUGCAUCCAACACGGACCUUACCGGCGAGCAGAUGACGGAACAAAUUCGCCGUGACGAAAUUAAGCAUACUCCGGUCGACACUUUGGAGCUGUUCAAAAAGGGUGGCAGGUAG